ACAUUGUUGCAAUUGAUUAGGAUCCAUUUCCAAUUUGCUCGUCUUGAAUUAAAGACACGAAAAAACAAUUUUCCGUAAAUUUGGUGAGAAAAGUCGUCUCCUGAUAAAAAUGGCAUUGAACAAAUUGAGCAUCGAAAAUGUCGAUUUGAACAAGAAACGAGUAUUGAUCCGCGUUGACUUCAACGUUCCCAUCAAAGAGGGCAAAAUCACGAGCAACCAACGUAUUGUCGCUGCUUUGGACACCGUCAAGUAUGCGUUGGAGAAGGGAGCUCAAUCUGUCGUUCUCAUGUCUCAUUUGGGACGUCCCGAUGGCAGCAAGCAGUUGAAAUACACUUUGGCACCCGUUGCUGAGGAACUCAAGAAAUUGCUUGGCAAAGAUGUGAAAUUCUUGAAUGAUUGUGUCGGAGCGGAAGUUGAAGCUGCUUGCAAAGAUCCCGCGCCAGGAUCCGUGAUUUUGUUGGAAAAUUUGCGUUUUUACGUCGAGGAAGAGGGCAAAGGCGUUGUCGAUGGCGCCAAAGUCAAAGCAGAUCCUGCCAAGGUCAAAGCAUUCCGUGAAAGUUUGGCAAAAUUGGGCGACGUUUACAUCAACGACGCCUUCGGAACGGCUCAUCGUGCUCACAGUUCGAUGGUUGGCGAAGGUUUUGCGCAACGUGCUGCUGGUUUGUUGUUGAACAAAGAGUUGAAAUACUUUGGACAAGCAUUGGAUAAUCCCCCACGUCCCUUCUUGGCUAUUUUGGGAGGCGCCAAAGUCGCUGACAAAAUCCAACUUAUCGAGAAUUUGUUGGAUAAAGUCAACGAGAUGAUCAUCGGAGGCGGCAUGGCAUUCACUUUCUUGAAAGUCUUGAACAACAUGGAAAUCGGAGGAUCUUUGUUCGACGAGGAAGGCGCGAAAAUCGUUCAAAAUCUCGUCGAAAAGGCGAAAAAGAACAACGUUCAACUUCACUUGCCUGUCGAUUUCGUGACGGGAGACAAAUUCGCGGAAGAUGCUGCUGUCGGCGAAGCUACUGUCGAAAAGGGAAUUCCCGCCGGGCACAUGGGAUUGGAUAUUGGACCAAAGAGUCGUGAAUUAUUCGCAGCGCCUGUCGCUCGUGCCAAGAUUAUCGUUUGGAAUGGACCUCCAGGCGUCUUUGAAUUCCCCAAUUUCGCUAACGGCACGAAAGGAUUGAUGGAUGGCGUCGUUGCUGCUACCAAAGCUGGAUGCGUUACCAUUAUUGGAGGCGGAGAUACGGCAAGUUGCUGCGCCAAAUGGAACACAGAAGCGUUGGUGUCUCACGUCUCGACUGGAGGCGGCGCUUCUCUUGAAUUGUUGGAAGGAAAAGUUCUUCCCGGCGUUGCUGCUCUUAGCAAUGCUUAAGAAGAUUCUUGCCAGAUUCUGAACAAAAAAAAUCGUAAAUGUACUAAAAAUUAAAUAAAUUAUAUGAAUGUUUCGCAAAGAAGUGUUAAAUUAUCGUCAUCGUUAUGAAAUUAUAAAAAUAAAGUCAUUAAAAUUAGAAA